AAUAAAACCAAAACUGUCAAUUAUAAUCAAGAUGCGAUCAAAAAAUAUAAUCAAAAAUUUGACGGUUUCAACCGAGAUGUAAUCAAAGGACGUGCCUCUACUCCUUUAAUACUUAAUAUAAAUAAAUUUGAUAUAAAUGAUCCAAAUUCUGUUUCAUUAAUUCAGAUUCAAAUUGGAUCAAAUGCAUCCCAAAAAUUUAAUUUAAUACCUGAUAUCUCCUCUAAUGAUAUCGGUUUAUGCGAUUCGUUAAGUAAAAGUUGUAAUAAUAGAAAAAAUAUAUUUAAUUCAGACGAUUCAACAUCUUUUAAAGGAUUUUAUAAACCAAGUUCAAUAAAUUAUUUAGAUGGAUCUAGUGUUAGCGGAUUAGCCGGCAAUGACUUCAUUACAUUUAAUGGUUUUACGUUUAAAAACAAAUUUUCACUCAUACUGUUUGAUGAAAUAAAUG